GAAGUUCAGUCUCGUUGCGACCGUCGCCGAGGUCGUCUCGUAGCCAGCCGUUUUUGCGGCCGUGCUUUGCCUUCUCGCCACGUGCACUCUUCCCUAUCUCUUCAGCUUCGUCUCGAGUCUCGUGACCGCCACCCGGGACAUCCAUUCGUGGUAGAUCACCCGGCUCGCGCGUCACUCUGUCGAUUUCGGUACUCGUGGCCAGGACAGGAAGAACGUCUCUUCCCAAAGAAGCAUACCUGGGACUCAACAUCGUCGAGACGAGAGACAGCAGCCAUGAUAUGACAUCCGAUUGAGAGGAAGAGUCUGCAACCGACGACCAGCCACCAUGAGGAAGUUACUACAGUUUUUGGCCGUGUUAUUGUUGGGUGUCAAUGCCAGACGAACGGACGCGGACGCCCCUGCGGACGACGUUUACGGUGGUCAGCGUCGCGGUUCCCUUCACAAGUCUAAUUACAAUGGCAACAACAAUUACAAUUCGCAGUCGAACUCACCCUAUCUGCCGUAUCAGCAGCCUAGAGAGAGGAAGCCAAACAUAGUCCUGAUUUUGACAGACGAUCAGGACGUCGAACUGGGUUCGCUGAACUUCAUGCCACGGACCCUGAGGCGAAUAAGGGACGAGGGAGCCGAGCUGAGACACGCAUACGUGACCACUCCUAUGUGUUGUCCAAGCAGGAGUUCCUUGCUGACUGGCCGUUACGUUCACAACCACGAGGUCUUCACGAAUAACGACAACUGCAGCAGCCCCCAAUGGCAACGGGAUCACGAGCCGCACUCUUUCGCCGCUUACCUGAGCAACGCGGGAUAUCGUACCGGGUACUUCGGCAAGUAUCUGAACAAGUACAACGGCUCGUACAUACCGCCGGGAUGGCGGGAGUGGGGCGGCCUCAUAAUGAAUUCACGGUACUACAACUACAGCGUCAACAUGAACGGCAAGAAGAUAAAGCACGGCUUCGAGUACAGCAAGGACUAUUAUCCGGACCUGAUAGCGAACGAGAGUGUGGCUUUUCUCCGACAGAGCAAACACAAUUUCGCCCGGAAGCCAGUGAUGCUCGUCGCGAGUUUCCCGGCGCCACAUGGACCGGAGGACUCCGCACCCCAGUUCUCGCAUCUCUUCUUCAACGUCACCACUCACCAUACGCCAGCCUACGACUACGCGCCGAAUCCCGAUAAACAGUGGAUUCUGCAAGUCACGCAGAAGAUGCAGCCGAUCCAUAAACAGUUCACGGAUCUCCUGAUGACCAAAAGACUGCAAACGUUGCAAAGCGUCGACGAUGCCGUAGACAGGAUCUAUCAGGAACUGAAAGAUCUCGGGGAAUUGGACAACACGUACAUAAUAUACACGUCCGAUCAUGGCUACCAUUUGGGACAGUUCGGUCUGAUCAAAGGGAAGAGCUUUCCAUUUGAAUUCGAUGUCAGAGUACCGUUUCUCAUCAGAGGACCUGGAAUCGAGCCCGGGACCAUAGUAGACGACAUAGUUUUGAACAUCGACUUGGCGCCGACGUUCCUGGAUAUGGCCGGCGUCGAGACGCCGCCGCAGAUGGACGGUCGUUCUUUCAAGAAACUUUUUCAGAAUAAACACGGAAGGAGGUCGAAAUUUAAGUGGCCAGACACAUUCCUGAUAGAAUCCUCGGGCCGUCGCGAAACUCCAGAGUCAAUCGCGGAAUCGAAGGCAAGGGAAGCUAGAAGGCAAAACGCUACCCUCGCGAAACAACACGCGAACGCGACGUUGGAGGAGGAAGACGACAAUCCGGAUGUCGAUCCAGACAUUGACCACGACGCGGACCACCGUUUUUUGGAGAACGACACGGGCAGCGAUCAGGACAUCUCCGAGGACGAGGACUUCGAGGACACAAUCAUCUACGAUUCGAACUUGGAGCCGCAUCUGGACAACAGAGUACACCCGGUGCACUCGUCCUUCAAUACUAAGCACGAACGACUCGCGGCAGAGUGCUCACGACCGGAAGCCCAGGCCAACUGCGUACUGGGUCAAAAGUGGCGUUGCGAGAGGGAUGGCCACCGAUGGAGGAGGCACAAGUGCAAGUACGCGGCGCCUCCUCAGCGGAUGUCGAAGAAAUGCGCUUGUUUCACUCCGAACGGAGUCGUCUACACGAGGCUAGAGUCAAACGAUUACGAGGGACAUCGGUACGGCUUCGGCAGGGAUAGACGACCAGUGGAUAUGUACACCGAUAUGGCCAGAUACUUCGCUAAACGAGGUAAACGAGACGCGGCGGAUGAAGCUAGCUUGAGCGAAGAUACCAAUCGGGAUACCGACGUGGACGAUGAUGACUAUAAUGAUGGUAACCGGGAUCGGCGUGCGAUCGACGAGGAGGACGACGAGGAAUUCUUCCAGGACCUGAACGAGCUCGCGGAGAACGUGACGAUGGAGUACGCGGACUUGGUUUCUAGAGAUAGGUUCUACAAUCGUACAUCGAACGAUGACCAAGAAACGCUGAAUUUAGAUAACUUGGAGGACUUUGAGUACGCGCUGAAAAAUUUCGAUCCCAGUUUGGACAAGGUGGUGAAAGGUCGGCUGAAUGUCGAGGACGUGGUCAGGAGGCACAGGAGAAUACGAAGAAGCGUCACGAAGAAAGAUACCGUGGAACAUGUGACCAAGAUCAUGGAGAGUAUAGAGGAAGAACUAGAUGACUUGAAGGAAACACAAGCUCGUCACUCAGAAACACGCAGACCGUUACCACCGAAGUGUUCGGUCCUCCCUCAGGGCGGAGUAAAUUGUUCAGACACCGUGUACCAGGAUCCGAACGAAUGGCGCAUUUCGAGACGGGAAAUCGAACACCAGAUAAGAGAGAUGAGGAUGCAAUUGGAAACGCUAAAAGAAAUACGUCGUCACUUGAUGAUCAAACGACCUCACUUCAUACCAGACACGGAAAAAGACGCUGAAGAGGACAAAGAACCUCCCAAACCGCAUCACCACGCGCAGAAGAAUCACGCGAAUCGCCAUCACAAGAAACACGAUCACGCUAGUACUAUUAAUCCCGGCGUUACGACGGGCCGUUCCACUUCGAAGUCGAAUCAAGUCACGGACGACGGAAUCGGUUUUACGAGUACCGCCGAAAAAUCGAUCGCGAUCACGUACAACGAUCCAAUCGCCAUAGCAGAACAAACAACCGGGACAACCACUGUACCUACGACGAUCAAAUCGAAGAAGGUUUCGCGUCGCCCAAAGAUAAAAGAAACCUCGAACAAUCGAACCGAAGUCGAGAUCGAUAAGCCACAAAAACGCAGAAAGAUUCAUCAUCGCAAGAACAAUACGCUGUUUACGAAUAGCGUCCACGACGAAGUGUCGGUAGCGAGUCUCGGUGAAACAUCGGAGGCGGUCGCAACCACGCAGAGUACGAUGUCGAGUCAAAGGCAUCAGUAUCAUCAGACCAGAUACACAACACUCCCUACCGCAAUAAUGGGAGAAACAACACUUCAAAAAGAGGCAUCGAGUAGCACAGGGACUACGAGUGACUUCGAUAAAGAGACCACGAUGGAAAUGGAUCCGCAAACGGUGCUAUCAACGGGAUCGGAAACCUCCAGCGUCAUGGAAUCGACAAUGCCACAAAGAACGACUCCUGUGUUCGUUAAAGCAACGAUCGACGCUCAUUCUAGGACCGCGUCUUUGCCCACAACUCCAAUGGUGGAACCAGUUACGAUCACACCUCCGAGGAAGUUCCCGAAGUUGCAGAAAAAUAAAACUGCAGGAAAUCUUGGACCUUCCAGGAUAGAUGUCACCAUUUUGGAAUCUCCUGAUAGGAAGAAUAAACAAGAUAUAAUUGAUAUAGCAAGCAAUCGUCGGUUGCCGCCAAUGUUGAACAGCCCUCUAGAAGCUCGCCAUAAAUGCUAUUGCGAGCCUGACUCGUACACGAAGAAGGACGAGAAGGAGAUAGCCAGAGAAGAGAGGCGAAGACUGAAGGAAGAACGUUUGAAAAAGAAAGAGCGAAAGAUGCGGAAGAAAGCCAAGCUCGAGAAGGAGUGUUUGACGGAGAAAAUGAAUUGUUUCGAGCACGAUAACGAUCACUGGCGUACCGCGCCUAUGUGGAGCGCAGGUCCAUUCUGUUUUUGUAUGAAUGCGAACAAUAACACGUACUCGUGCAUUCGUACAAUUAACGCGACGCAUAAUUUCCUUUACUGCGAGUUCACUACCGGUUUGGUUACUUAUUAUAAUCUAAGGAUCGACCCGUUUGAACAAUGGAAUAGACUUUCUUCCUUAACGCCUAACGAGAGAUCGUAUCUUCACGAUCAAUUGGAACAUUUGAAAGGAUGCAAAGGUACGCGGGAUUGUACCGUUGGAAAUGCGAGGGAAGGUUUACCGCAGCUCCAACAACAUCAAAGAUUAAUCUCGAAGAGAAAAUAUGUUAACACUUUCGAGGAUAUGUUUGUACCGUCGGCUUUGCAAAUUAUUCGCGAAAGUGAACUCGGUAGUCCACCUAAUAAGAGACGAAAAAAGUUGCAAAAUGUUUGGAACAGACGCAGCAGGAGCUGGCAAAGCAGUUGGAGGCAUCAUCAAGACACGGUGAACUUCCGGCGGCACAGACAUCAGUACUGACCGGUUUAUUUGUAUUUUCUUUGAUCGUAUUGUCGAAGGAUUAGAUGUAUAUUAAUUAAUUUCGCGAUGCAUUUAAUAACGUAAUUUAUUUAGUGAUAUUUAAUUAAAAAAAAAGAGAGAACGGAAACGUGAUAUUUAAUUAAUAACGUUUUUAUUCCAGUAGACGGUCGCAGUUCGACGAGUACUGUGCAUAUUUUUAACGCUACUUUUUACAGUAAAAUUAUUGCGAACGGUCGAGACGAAUUUCUCGUGUACCAUGUGCGUUUGGUUGGAACACGCGAACGAGAACGAGAAAUGAUCCAAACGAUGAUCCUUUUUUUACUUAAUAGCAGAUAUUUUUUAUAAUAAUUUAUUUACUCUCGUCUCUUUAGGUCUUUAUACAAGAAGCAACUAACUUGUAUCGAUACUUGCCUAAUGAAAUUUAGAGCAAUUUUGAAACUUCAAUUAUCCGGAUCUAGUAACGAUACUUCUUCGCGAAGUAAAUAACCAAUACCUGUAGCUUUCUAGACAAUAGAUUGUCUAAGAAACACAAAGAGUUUAAGUAUUCAUCUAUUGUAAUUAGGACAGUUCAAAUUUGGAUUUGUGACAAUGGACUGAUACGCACAACGAAAAAAAGAACACAAUAGCAAAAUCAUCCUGCCAAGAACCUUUUGCGUUUCCUUUCACAAAUUCUUUAUACAUUCGUAUCUACAUGUUUAUUCCACUAAAGCUGCCAUUUAAUUGAUUUUUCUAUUGCCUUUAAGCAAUGAGAAAUAAAACUGCUCGUAUGGCGCACUGCCACAAAUUGUCUUACUAUCGUUACAACUGAUCCUUGUCAAAGUCUUUAACCCUGACUGUAGAGACAAGUUAAAAGUAAAUAGUAAAAAGUAAUUCCAGCCAUUAUCUAAAGAUAUGCAUUGCUAAGACUGUUUAUAUUUCACUGAAACUAAACAAACUUUCAGUGCCAUUUAUUCUGCGUAAUCUUCUACCUUAUUAGAAGUAUGGAACCUUUUGUGAUCGCUACAGCUAACAGUCUUUGUUAAGAAAAAUGGAAUGCUGAUGGAACUAUAUAUUAUUUUUAAUCGGAUUAGUUGAAAUAUAAAAAGAUUUAGAUAAUACUCAGUUAUAUUUGAUGAAUUGUGAUUGUUUAAAUGCAUCAGCUAUAUAAUUCUGUCCAUUAGCAUUUUAUUUUUUUACAAGUGUAUGUCUGUGUUAUAUAUUAGGUUCUCAGUUAGUAUCCUGAGAAUAUCUACAAGAUUUUGAAAUUAAAAAAUGUAUUUAAAUCAUGCAAAAUAAACAAAUAAAUACUGUCCAAACCAUAA